UGGAGGUGAGGCGCUGCGGCAGCAGCCUGGGAAGAACUGAGGGGACUAGACGGAGCUGCCAGAGAAGAAGAGGAGGAGGAGGAGGCGGCCGGGGGAGGGGUGAGUGUCACCGAGAGCCGCCACCACCAGCCGCAGCCUAGCCAGGAGCGCCGCCAUGCCGAAUAAAAACAAGAAGGACAAAGAACCUCCAAAAACUGGAAAAAGUGGCAAAAGUGGAAAAGAAGGACAAGAGAACCCUGAACAUGAAGUGUCUAACAAGAAGGCAAACAGUGCCCCCCCACCAGCUCAGGUAUCGAAAAUCAAGGUACCCACCCCUCAAGCUGUUGUAAAGAAGGAAAAGCGUCAGAGCUCCUCAAGAUUCAACGUGAGCAAUAACCGCGAACUUCAGAAGCUGCCAGCUCUCAAAGAUGUGCCCCCGGCCGAGCAGGAAAAGCUGUUUGUUCAGAAGCUGCGCCAGUGCUGUGUCCUCUUUGACUUUGUUUCGGACCCACUGAGCGACCUGAAAUGGAAGGAAGUGAAGAGAGCGGCUCUGAGCGAGAUGGUGGAGUAUAUAACCCACAAUCGCAACGUCAUCACAGAACCGAUCUACCCUGAGGUCGUUCACAUGUUUGCAGUGAACAUGUUUCGGACAUUACCGCCGUCCUCCAACCCGACUGGAGCAGAGUUUGACCCAGAGGAAGACGAGCCAACGCUGGAGGCCGCGUGGCCUCACUUGCAGCUCGUCUAUGAAUUUUUCUUGAGAUUCCUGGAAUCUCCUGAUUUCCAACCCAAUGUAGCAAAGAAAUACAUUGAUCAGAAGUUUGUCCUUCAGUUAUUGGAGCUCUUUGACAGUGAAGACCCCAGAGAGAGGGAUUUCCUGAAGACCACUCUCCACCGGAUUUAUGGGAAGUUUUUAGGCCUUCGAGCCUACAUCAGGAAACAGAUCAAUAAUAUAUUUUAUAGGUUUAUUUAUGAAACGGAACAUCACAACGGCAUAGCAGAGCUACUGGAAAUCCUGGGAAGUAUAAUUAAUGGAUUUGCCUUACCAUUAAAAGAAGAGCACAAGAUAUUCUUACUAAAGGUAUUAUUACCUUUACACAAAGUGAAGUCUCUGAGCGUCUACCAUCCGCAGCUGGCAUAUUGUGUAGUUCAGUUUUUGGAGAAGGACAGUACACUCACUGAACCGGUGGUGAUGGCACUGCUGAAGUAUUGGCCGAAGACCCACAGUCCAAAGGAAGUUAUGUUUUUGAAUGAACUAGAGGAAAUUUUAGACGUCAUAGAGCCUUCAGAGUUUGUAAAAGUCAUGGAACCACUCUUCAGACAGCUGGCCAAGUGUGUGUCCAGCCCGCAUUUUCAGGUGGCGGAAAGAGCUUUGUAUUAUUGGAAUAACGAGUACAUCAUGAGCCUGAUCAGCGAUAAUGCAGCUAAAAUCCUUCCCAUUAUGUUCCCAUCCUUGUACCGAAACUCCAAGACACAUUGGAACAAGACUAUACAUGGCUUGAUAUAUAACGCUCUGAAGUUGUUUAUGGAGAUGAACCAAAAACUCUUUGAUGACUGCACCCAACAGUUCAAGGCAGAGAAGCAAAAGGAAAAGCUAAAGCUAAGAGAAAGAGAAGAAGCUUGGGUUAAAAUUGAGAAUCUAGCCAAAUCCAAACCCCAGUACCCCAUAUAUACUGACACGUCCGCUCUGAACAGUCCUGUUGCAAUGGAAACCGAUGGACCUUUACUUGAAGAUGUACAGAUGCUUAAGAAGACGGUGAGGGAAGAGGCAUCUCAGGCUCAAAAAGAUCUGAAGAAGGAAAGACCCCUCGUACGACGCAAGUCAGAAUUGCCUCAGGACAUCUAUACCAUGAAAGCCUUGGAAUCUCAUUGCAGAGCUGACGAUUUAAUAACACAUGACGGGCAUUAGACUAUGACAGUUAUAAUAUUUUGUGGAUUUUUUUUAUUUUUAUUUUUUUUCCCGGAAGCAGUUACACAGCAUUUUUUCUUUUUUUUUUGUGCCAUACCGGUCUGUUUCAUGCAGUCAGUUUUCUUCAACCCAGUUCUGUAGGCAAUAACCUAAACCGAUGUACAGCCUAAGAUCAGAUGUUCAAACAAUGGUAAAAAAAUAUAAAAAAAUACACAAACUUUUUAUCGAAUAUGCAGAACAUUGGGUUACGUGUUAAUAGCCGACCCACUCCAGCGACUGCUUACACACAGUUACCGGUAUCCUACAAGAGGUGGACCGUCUGUAGACCACCACCCACUUCACCGCGAUCGCGAACCACAUGACAGCCAUGCAAAACGACGAUGGUGCUGCAGAGAGACCUCUCCUGUACUGGUCCAUGUUACUAACCUUUCCUGUUAUCUCUUUUAACAGAGUGUCUGGUCUAAUUUCAACUAGGGGAACAAAAAUGGAGGCUUUAACUGCAUGUGCUGCAUAGAAUUUUAUGGGCUAACUUUUUUUUUUUUUUUCCUGUCUAUGCGUUUUUUUUUUUUUUUUUUUUUUUUUUAAAUCCUUUCUUCAGUUAUGUAUAUUGUUUGCUUCAGACAAGCCUCUCAUUCUGUUAAAGUUUUUUUUUCCCCAUGUUUUGAAAGCCAUAUUCUUGUCAGUCGCCGUCAUCCUCAUAUAUAUAUUUUUUUAAAGUAUUACAAUGCCAUUUCUAGAAAGUGCACUAACCAAGCCGUUGUGUUACCAUUGGGUCAAUCAAGCAACUUAAAAAGAAAAAAGGAAAAAAAAAACAGGGAAGAAAAAAAAUCAAGGUGAUAAAAACAAACAAAAAAAUUUGUGUUCAAAAAUUUGUUCUUGAAAUAAAAUACAGUUUCACUGCUGAUCUUGUUCCUGGGCACGGGCGCUGAGACUUUUUAUUUAACUUUUUUUUUUCCUUUGCUCUCGUUUUUUACAGUAGAUCCUUAGGGGUAUUUUGUUGGUUUUUAUACUCUAUCUGCCAGUAGCAUGCAUGCAGACGGCAUAGGCUGUUGGCGGCUGAUAAAUGUGUACCGUAUAUUUUUUUGAUUAUUUGCAAACGUUUUAUAUAAAGGGGCUGAGUACAGUCAAAGAAAUUGUAAUAAAGGAGGAUGAGGACGAUUAAGGUGGAAGUCCGCAGAGCUCACCGUUAAACAGGCUGUAAAUAUGGGCAAAUUGCUGUUUAACUUUAGAUGCUGCUAAACAUUCACCAAGGUUUCAUGAUGGCAAAGCGCCGAAAUAUUGUGCUGUUAUUUUUUGUAGAUUUUAUUUUUGGCCAGUAUUUAUUUUUGCAUUUAAAAAAAAAAUCAUUUUUUUUAUAUAUAUAUUUCUUGCCACAAAUUGUAAAGUAUUAAGAGUCAAAUGUCUCACGUCUGGCUUCAACAAUCAUCCCUUCUGGUCCUCUGUGCAGCCAUAGGCUUGUGUAGGUGACCAUCGGCAGGAUCCGAUGACAGUGGGCACAGGGGCCCACUGGAGAUCAGCCUAGCAGGACUUUGAGGGCGGGCAGUUUCUCCUUGCAUAAUCCAACCCUGGUGCUCUUGGCUUGAUACCCAUGCUCAUACAGACUGGACAAACUUUUUUUUUUUUUUGUUUGUUUUUUUUCUAUGACCCCCCUCCUACCCAACUAGAAAUUAAAGAAUUGUUUUUUCUAGAUCCUCCUAAAGCAAAUCUAAAACUUGGCAAGCUCUAUUCACUUCAGAGGUCGGCAAAGUGAUAAAACUUGCACCAGACCAAAGACUUAUCUGCCAUCUUAAUGCCUAUGCCAAGCUUUGCUUAGAUUGGGUCUACUGAAAACAUUUUAGAAAAAAAUCUGAUUUAUAAGGCCAAAGGUAGUAGCUGGCAUGGUUUGCCUUCUGUCUGCAAAGAAGCGGUAAUGCAGCUCGACAGAACAGUACCACUCGCACAAGUCAUGUGAGACUCGUUGUUUCCCCUAGCAAGUCCCUAACCAUCUCUUUUAGGCCUAUUUAUUACCGCCGUAUUAAUCAGAUUUUUGUAAAAAAAAAAAAAAAAACUGCCACCAACCUGUUAUCCAUGACGGUACCGGGCUCUUUGCGGUGUUUUGCAUCAUGGAGAAGAAGAUGUUUGAAGGCUGUACUCCAGUACCUGUAUAGAGUCAUGGGGGUGCAGCUGUUUUUUAAGAGAAGUCUGUAUGGGGACAGUGUAUCUUUCAGGCCGGUUACAUUGUCACAAGCCCCAUUCAGAGCAUGUGUGCGCGAAGCGAGGUGUAGUGACCUGAGAAGGCUUGGGAUGACGAGGUGCAUGGGCCAGCCUGAAUUCUCUGUAGACCAACUCCACCCUCGUGACUCGGGCACAUGUACACAUCCCUUCACACUCCACACGCUGCCUAACAGGUUGGCGACAGGUUCCCUUUAAAUAUUCAGAUUGUGCGAUCUUCCAGGACGUGUGUUUCAGCAAAGUCGUUGCCGGUUUGUUCCCCUCCUGUUAAACUUGAAGUAUCGCUUUACAGAUCCUUUCACGUUAGGAGCAGCGACGCCAUCUUUUUAAGGGACACUGGGUGCUUGUACAUUAUAUGUAUAUAUGGUAUACCAUUGUUUGAACUUCCAUCUUUUGCUGUUUUUCUUUUUCUUUUUUUUUUUUUCUAGUUUGGUUGUUUGAUUCCAAGGGCAAUGUAUUUCUUUAAAAAAAAAGUUAAACUCCCCCCCCCUCUUCUUCCUGACCUACCUGCUAUAGCCAUGUUUGUUUGCCUGUGUAAUACUCCAUUUCUACCAAUCAUCUAAUAUUGUCUAGAUAUUAUUUGUGCUCUUUAUUGAUGAUUUAACAUUCACCAAAUAGGGGAAACCCUGGGGGCUGCUUGGAAAUAUUUUUUUCCUCUUAGAAUUUUUUAUUUUUAUUUUUUUUGCCAUAGAAACAAACAAAAAUGACUUUCCGAAAAUUCCAUACUUGGUCUCGAAUAACCAUUUUGUGUUUUUAAUCUUCCUGGCCCUGUAGACUUAUACCAAACUAAUAUGUAUACCAUGGGGGACAGGCCCGGUAGAUUUUUAUUUUUAUUUUAUAAAAGCAAUUUUGGUGACUGUUUUUUUUCUCGAUAAAGUUUAUUGUACACACCUUUCAGAGAUUUUACCUGUACAUGAGGAAUGUCAACAGUACCAUGACGAGUGUCUUUUUAGUGUGGCUUUAGUAUGGCUUCGUUUUAAUAUUGUACAUACAUUGUACUUUGUUUUAUGGUAUUAAGUAAUAAAACUUUAGACUUCA